AUGAUGGAAGGGAGGAGGAUAUCAGCAGCGAAUCCAAGGCCGUGUUCAGGGAGAAGGAUAUUAGCAGCGAAGAAAAGGGGUCGUUCUGAUGGAUUCUUAAACAGUGUUAAAAAGCUUCAAAGAAGAGAGAUUUCUUCUAAACCAGAUCGUUCUUUCAGUAUCACCAAUGCCCAAGAGAGAUUUCGCAAUAUGCGGUUGAUGGAAGAAUACGAUACUCAUGAUCCGAAGGGCCAUUGUUCAGUGGUACUGCCUUUUUUGAUGAAGAGAACGAAAGUUAUUGAGAUCGUGGCUGCACGAGACAUUGUAUUUGCUCUUGCACAUUCUGGUGUAUGUGCUGCUUUUAGCAGAGAGACAAAUCAGAGGAUAUGUUUUUUGAAUGUGAGUCCUGAUGAAGUCAUUCGAAGUUUGUUCUACAAUAAAAACAACGAUUCUCUCAUCACUGUUUCGGUCUAUGCAUCAGACAACUUCAGCUCCUUGAAAUGCCGAUCUACAAGAAUUGAGUACAUUCGAAGGGGUAAGCCAGAUGCAGGUUUUGCCCUUUUUGAGUCUGAGUCCUUGAAGUGGCCAGGUUUUGUAGAGUUUGAUGAUGUCAAUGGAAAGGUGCUAACAUACUCAGCACAAGAUAGUAUAUACAAGGUUUUUGACCUAAAAAACUACACGAUGCUGUACUCUAUAUCAGAUAAAGAUGUACAAGAAAUCAAGAUCAGUCCAGGCAUCAUGUUAUUGAUUUUGAAUAGAUCAAGUGGCUAUGUUCCUCUUAAGAUUUUGUCAAUAGAAGAUGGUACAAUUCUCAAAGAUUUCCAUCAUCUACUUCAUCGAAAUAAGAAGGUGGACUUCAUCGAACAAUUUAAUGAAAAGCUUCUUGUCAAGCAGGAAAAUGAGAACCUCCAGAUUCUUGAUGUUCGACAUACCGGUAUUAGGGAAGUUAGCAGAACCGAGUUCAUGACACCAUCAGCAUUUAUCUUCCUGUAUGAAAACCAGUUGUUCUUAACAUUCAGAAAUAGAACCGUUGCUGUUUGGAAUUUCCGUGGAGAGCUGGUCACUUCAUUUGAGGAUCACCUCUUAUGGCAUCCUGAUUGUAACACAAAUAAUAUAUACAUAACAAGUGACCAGGAUCUUAUCAUUUCGUACUGCAAGGCUGAAUCUGACGACCAGUGGAUGGAAGGAAAUGCUGGUUCUAUAAAUAUCAGCAAUAUCCUGACAGGAAAAUGCCUAGCUAAAAUAAAUGCCACCAAUGGCAGUCCCAAGGAUGAGAAGUGCAGCAGCAGUACUGGAAGCUCAAAGCAGAGUCGCUCUCCGAUGAGAAGUGCAGUUGCAGAGGCUUUGGAAGACAUAACUGCCCUUUUCUAUGAUGAAGAGCGCAAUGAAAUCUACACCGGUAAUAGGCAUGGUCUGGUUCAUGUGUGGUCCAACUAA